AUGGAGAAUUCCAGCUUCAUAUCGUGCGAGAAGCUCGACCGAAUGGCAAAUUGGGUGGGGGCGAGCGUGGCAUCUGCUUUCUUUGCGUCGCUGGAGCGGUGUUCCUGCAUCAAUCUGAGCACCACCGACAACGAAGACGAGGAAGAAGCAAAGGAUCGUCCGCUGAUGCUCACAAAGCCGAUCGUCCAUGACGCUCCCGACGAGGCGCCCCCGAACGGUGUCGUCGGGGGAGGCAUCAACGGCGACCUUGGCAAGCUCUCCACCAACGUCUGA